CCAGCGGCCUCUGCGCGCCCAGCCGGCAAGAUGGUGGCGCGCAAGAGGAAGCGUGCGGCGCGGGACGCUGAGGAGGGAAUCCUGAGUCCGCCGGGCUACUCAGCCAUUCCAAUCAAGUUCUCUGAAAAGCAGCGAGCUUCUCAUUACCUCUAUGUGAGGGCACACAGUGUCCGGGAAGGUGCCAAAUCCACCUGGCCUCAGAAGCGCACCCUUUUCGUCCUCAAUGUGCCCCCAUAUUGCACGGAGGAGAGCCUACUGCGCCUGCUGUCCUCCUGCGGCCCCAUCCAGUCUGUGGAGUUGCAGGAGAAGCCAGACCUUGCCGAAAGCCCAAAGGAGCCAAAGUCAAAGUAUUUUUACCCCAAGCCAGUUCCGGGGUUCCAGGUAGCCUAUGUGGUGUUCCAGAAGCCAAGAGGAGUGUCAGCUGCCUUGACCCUGAAAGGCCCUUUGCUGGUCUCUACGGAGAGUCAUCCAGUGAAGAGUGGCAUUCACAAGUGGAUCAGCGACUACACAGACUCCAUACUUGACCCCGAGGCCCUGAGGGUCGAAGUGGACACGUUCAUGGAGGCAUAUGACCAGAAGAUAGCUGAGGAGGAGGCUAAGGCCAAGGAGGAGGAAGGAGUCCCUGAUGAGGAGGGCUGGGUGAAGGUGACCCGCCGGGGCCGGAGGCCCGGGCUGCCCCGUACAGAGGCAGCCAGCCUGCGAGUGCUGGAGAGAGAGAGACGGAAGCGCGCACGCAAGGAGCUGCUCAACUUCUAUGCCUGGCAGCACCGCGAGUCCAAGAUGGAGCAUCUGGCACAGCUGCGCAAAAAGUUUGAGGAGGACAAGCAGAGGAUUGAACUGAUGCGGGCUCAACGCAAGUUCCGACCUUACUGAACUGUGCUGGCUAGUGGCCCCUACAGAACGCCCCUGGGAGGCUGUGCUCUCGGACAGGUGGCAACCCCAUCUCCAAGUCCACACAGGCUGGGAGUGAAGAAUAGUGUUGUCACCCCUCAGUCCUUCUGCUCCUACAGUCUGGGGCCCACCACUGACCACACCUGCCCAGCAGGACUUGGCCCUUGAGAAGUGGCUGCUUCUGUCUCCUGGCUCCAGACUCUGUUUUCGUGGGAAUGGAUUAAUGAUCUGCUCUGUACUCCCCUGUCCCCAGCCCCUGCUGGCAGUGAAACAGCCUCACAGCAACAAGGACACAGCAGUGUUUACUUUCCAGUCAGGCAGCAGUGAGAAGCUUGCUCCCCUCCCCUUAACCACCAGCCCACACUGGGCUCCAAGACCACUGAGGCCUGUCCCCACCACGCCUGGCCUUGGUAGAAGGAGCUCAAUCUUGGUGGUGAAUCUGGUGAGUACAGGCUAUAGAUGUGCUGGGUCCUGGUGUUUGCUCUGCAGAAAAGAGCUGAUGAUGCUGGCCACGUGGUGAGGCUCAUUCAUGUGGACGUAGUGAUUGCCUGGGACUUCAACAUACUGGAACCGCUGAGAAGGGGGGGUGCGUGGUGAGGUGAGGACAGGAAGUGGCACUGCCUUAAGCACUUUGCUCAAGCCUGCCUUUGGCCAGCUGAACCUGGGGAGCUCUAUAGGCCCUGGGUGCAUAGAGACUAUCCUGGCGGGUCAAGAGCGCCCCCGUGUGUCUUCCCAGACUUAGCUCCGGGGACCUCAGUUCACAGCACCCUGGGGGUGCCCAGACACUAGGGACUUGGAGACCACCGCAGGGGUCUGAGCCAGCUGAGUUGUGAAGUGGCACAGCCAGGAUCAGAAGGGACCCAAAGGCAGGCUUGCUACCGAUCCUGAUGCUUGCAAUUAGACCUCAACUUGGGAAAGGAUGAGGCAAUGUGAGCCAAUGCAGCCUCCAGGCCAGGUGCUCCCUGGGAGGAAAUGCCAUGGCGGGAAAGUCCCACCAUCCUGGUUCUGACUGCCAGAAUGUCUGCAGAGGCUCCAGAGUCAGAUGUUCAUGGGUGAUGCUCCCAGGAACUGGGGCAAGGGUCACAGUUACAGCUCAAGUCCCUUCUGCCUCCCCGACAUGCUGCCCUCAGCCACACCUACUGGGUGCUGAUACCAAGGAAGGGAAAGGCAACAAGGUGACCUUUUCUGGUUUGGGACCCUCUGAAAUGUGGGACUGCUGCUGGCAGUUGGGUCACUGAAUUGUACCCAGUCCAGGGGAACAUGUGAGAGCAAUAAAGCAAAGCUCUGCCAGCUGACCUGUUUCUUGCUCCUACUGUGUAUAAUCCCGGGUCUCGGAUUAUGGACCACU